AUGCGCAAGAUCAAGCGUAGUCUCAGGCUUAAACAUAAACUCCAACUCAUAGUCAAGCGCUCAGGCUCAAGCUCAGGCCCAGGCUCAGGCUCAGGCUCAGGCUCAGGCUCAGGCUCAGGCUCAGGCUCAGGCUCAGGCUCAGGCUUAGGCUCAAGCGCAGGCUCAGGCUCAGGCGCAGGCGCAGGCUCAUGCUCAGGCUCAGUUUACAUGCACAUGCACAAACUCAGACUCGAUCUCAAGCUCAGACAAAAGCUAAAAUUCAGAUUAGAGUUAAGACCAACGCUCCAGUUCAUGCUCAAAAUCAACCUUACGCUCUAA